GGCACGCUUCCGAGGCCUCCUGUAUUUUUCACUAACUCGGAACAGUAUCAUAAACAUACAAAAUUUUAACCGGAUCAUAUUUACCAUAAUUCUUAGUUUAUAGAGUGUCUUACAUUAGGAUUCUAAAACACUAGAAUGAUAUUAUUCAAAUUACUAUUCAUACCUAUUUAUGAUAAUAUUUAAUGUUUGUAGGUAUACUCGGGUUUAUAUGGUUUGCUGUUUGGUGGACUGUGGUGAAGGACAAACCGGAAGACGACCCUCACAUCUCCACAGAGGAACUAAAGUACCUUAGAGAUAAUCUUGAUUGUGGACCUAAUGACUCUAUUCCUAAACAUAUUAUCUAUCCUUGGGACAAGUUCGUCACGUCGAUGCCUGUAUGGGCCAUAGUUGUGGCUCACACCUGCGUGAGCUAUGGCUUCAUUUCACUGUCCAUUGUGUUGCCCGAUAUACAUACAACUACCGGUUUAGAUAGAACCGGAUUCUUGUCGUCCCUGCCUUAUCUACUGAUAGCUGUCCUGAUGCCGGUCGCUGGAACAUUGGCUGACUGGUUGAGGAACACAGAAGUGCUCACUACCACACAA